UGAUGCAUACAAUAAAAUCCCAACGCAACAUCAUACAUUCGUACCCUGUUGAUUGCUCCAAUCUGCGCACUGCUACGGUCCCUCAUGUGAAUCCCCCAGCCUGUAAAUCCCACGGACUCGCCACCCUCAAGAUAUGCACGUCUCCAACAGGCGUCGGGAACUCAUGCGACGACUUCGCAGGUUCAAUCUCUUGCCACGAUACCGAUAUUUCGAGGCCAUUGAGGGGAGUCAGAGUACUGCGACUCUUCUCGCUGUCGGCCUGUGUAUCGUUUUCUUCACGUCAGCGCACGAUUCUUAUACAUCACCAUCCAUAGAUAUCCCAACUUCACUUCCUCCAUCUCUCAGGCUU